CUAACUCGUAGCUUCGCUACGGAGCAGGAAUGAUGAUGUAAACAAGCCGAUUUCCGCUUUUCAAAAUCACCACUUCCUGUCCUUCCCUUUUCAGAGUAAAAGCUUUAAAGACAAACAAGUGACUGCAGUUUAAACAUCUAUACAUCUGUUGUUUAGUGCCGUGUCAAAGCUGGGAGUGUCUGACGGGUCUCCCCUCCUCUCCGAGCCAUCCCAUUCAUUAAAGAAAGGUUAUAGCCUGCAGACGCACUGAGGGAGCCAGCCGCUUCACGAACUGCCUCGUCGCACGUGAAAACACGUCUCAGAGGAGAACUGGACUAACACACCUGAAGGCUUCAAUGGAGAAGAGCCAGAGCCUGGAGGCAGAGGACACCUCUUACCUGUGUUUCCAGAGGACUCCUUCCCUCAGGCGCAAAUGGAGGAAACGUUACGGCGGCCUGGACGGCAACAAGCUGCUGGAGCCCAAUAAAGAGCCAGACAUGAAAGAUGAUGGAGGGAUGACAGACGAGGGCCAGCAGAGGAGCUCUGAACACCAGGAUACAGCACCCCGUCCAGCUCCCAGGAGCCUGAUCCAGAGCCAGACCCAGACUGCAGUCCAGAAGCCCAUCAGCCUCGUCAGCCCUGGACCUGCAGUGUCAGCCAGUAACGGCUGCCUGAAGCCUCCUCUUCCUCAGGCCGUGGUCCAGCCAGAGGACCGAGGACCCCCACCCGCCCAGCUGUGGUUCCCUCCCCAGCAGAGUCCGUCCAAACGCAGGGCGGCUGCUGAUGUGCUGUUUGACAGCUUCGCUUCAGACGGAAGAGUUAACGUCAGCCAGUUCUUUGAGGCCAUCUGGAGCUCUGGGCUGCAAAGGUCGGACCCUCGGCUCCGAGAGUGUUUCUUCCACCUGAGGAAACUGCAGGACGCUGAGGGAGCAGUGGACAGAAACGCCUUCCACAGAUGCAUCACAGGAUUCGUCUCUCUGAUCCUGAAGGCUCUGCAGGGACGAUUUGUCAUCCCAGAUUUUUCCACCUUCACGGAAGAAACUCAGAAGUUGUUUUCAAGGUGCCGUCAGCUGUCGUCUGUACAGGAGAAGGAAAAGGAGAGUGUGGACGGCACCAAGUGGGGCGUCUCAAUCUGCACUGUGGAUGGACAGAGAUUGUCUCUGGGCGACUGGGCCGGCUCUCUGGCUCUGGCCGAGGUGUCAUGGCCACUGGUGUACGGCGUGGCGGUGGACCUGCUGGGCUCUGACCUCGUUCACAGAUACGUUGGCGUGGAGGGGUACUCUAGAUACGACUCUCCGUUCACACUCACUAAAACAGGAAUUCCUCACAGCCCGCUCACUGAGACAGGAGCCAUCAUCACUGCAUCUUUACUGCAGCUGGCGGGGAGGCUGAGUGCAGAGGAAGAGGACAAGUUUGACUCAGUGCUGAAUGUCAUCCGGAGGCUCUGCAACAAGGAGUACGCCAACCUGAAGUGCACCAGUUAUGAGAGCAGCAGGAGGGCCAGCGUCCGACUCCACGCUCUGACCUUCUACCUGCAGGAGAAAAAGUGUUUUCCAGAGAAGACUGACAUUAAUGCUGCUGUGGAUCUGAUGCUGCAGUGCGCAUCAACAGAGCUCACCUGUGAAUCAGGAGCUGCUAUGGCUGCUUCGUUAGCCAAUGGGGGCCUCUGUCCACUGUCAGGUGACCAGGUGCUGUCGCCGGCGGCAACGCGGAGCCUGCUGUCCAUGAUGCAGGUGGCGGGGAUGAAAGAUUACUCCACAACCUUCCACUACAAGACGUCCGUCCCGGCCAUGUCGAGCAGCCGCGGCCCCCUGCUGGCGGUGGUCCCUGGUGUUUUGGGUCUGAUGGCGUUUUCUCCUGAGUUGGACGCCUGUGGAAACCCCUGGAGGGCCGUCCACUUCUGCCAGGAGCUCAUAUCAACAUUUCAGCUGCACAGUUUUGACAUCAGGACUCCGUUCAGGCAGAUUCUGGCCUACAGACAGUGGAAGGCUGAAGCUGAGGGAUACCAGAUCAUGAAUGUCCUGCUGGCAGCCUUCAAAGGAGACGUCCUGGCCCUGAGGAGGUACUUUCUGUCUGGAGUGGAUGUGAACGCUGUCGACUAUGACGGCAGGUCGGCGCUGCACGUGGCAGCUGCCGAAGGCCACACAGAGGUGAUCCGCUUCCUGUUGGAGAACGCAGGCGCGAACGCCACCCUGAAGGACAGAUGGGGGAGCUCUCCUCUGCAGGAGGCCCGGAGGCACAACAAGGAGGCUGCUGUCCAGCUGCUGCAGGGAGCCAUGUGACCCCACACAGCUGUAAUCUGACCUCUGACCUCUGACCUGUCAACAGAGUGAUGAACAAAAACAGAAGGUGGAAGUGUGGGACAUGUGACAGGAGAGUCAAACAGGUUUACUGAGCGGUCAGGGUACCUCUGCCGACUCAAACCUUGUCCAUGUCCCAGACUCAGGGACGGCGGGUCCAUUUAGUCACCAAAUCACAUUAUUUUAUAAGGAAGGGACUGCUGUUAGACUUGUGAGGUCCUGUGAGGACUGGAAGCAGCUCCCGGUUGGCCCGACUCGAGGGAUGAUUAAUAUUCUGUCCACGCGAGCUUCUUUUCUGCUGAUGAGAAAAGGCUGCAGCGUUUUGUUUCUGCCGAGGGAAACGUGGUCUCCUGCUGUGGACUCGCUCGCUGUUUCACGGUUAAAAGCUGAAGACGGCCACAGAAGUGAGGUGGUUUUCAGUCAGCUGAGCCUUUAACGUGUCUGAACAUGUACAACAUACAUGAUGAUGUUCUUUGGAAAACAAAUAAAACGCAAGAGAAGAGCAUUCAGUGAAACACCUGCAAACUCUGGAUGUGAAGUCUUGAAUAAAAGAAGGAAAAC